CAGGGAACCUGGUGUGGGGCAGCCACCAGGCGUGGGUCCCCAUGCUCACGUGGUACGUGGCCACCAGGUGCACCGGGACUUCCGCCUGUGGCUCACCAGCCUGCCCAGCAACAAGUUCCCAGUGUCCAUCCUGCAGAAUGGCUCCAAGAUGACCAUUGAGCCGCCACGUGGCGUCAAGGCCAACCUGCUCAAGUCUUACAGCAGCCUGAGCGACAACUUCCUCAACUCCUGCCACAAGGUGUUGGAGUUCAAGUCCCUGCUGCUGUCUCUGUGCCUGUUCCACGGGAAUGCGCUGGAGCGCCGCAAGUUUGGGCCCCUGGGCUUCAACAUCCCCUACGAGUUCACAGACGGGGACCUGCGCAUCUGUAUCAGCCAGCUCAAGAUGUUCCUGGACGAGUAUGACGACAUCCCCUACAAGGUCCUCAAGUACACAGCCGGGGAGAUCAACUACGGGGGCCGUGUCACGGAUGACUGGGACCGUCGCUGCAUCAUGAACAUCCUGGAGGACUACUACAGCCCCUCCGUGCUCUUCCACGAUCACAGCUACAGCGCCUCGGGCAUCUACCACCAGAUCCAGCCUACCUACGACCUCAACGGCUACCUCUCCUACAUCAAAGGCCUCCCUCUCAAUGACAUGCCUGAGAUCUUUGGCCUGCACGACAAUGCCAACAUCACCUUCGCCCAGAAUGAGACUUACGGCCUGCUCGGUGCCAUCAUCCAGCUGCAGCCCAAAUCAUCCUCUGUGGGCGGCCAGGGCCGGGAGGAGAUAGUGGAGGAUGUGGCCCACAAUAUUCUGCUCCAGAUUCCUGAGCCCAUCAACUUGCAGCUGGUGAUGGCCAAGUACCCCGUGCUGUAUGAGGAGUCAAUGAACACAGUGCUAGUACAGGAGGUCAUUCGGUACAACCGGCUGCUGCAGGUGAUCACAGAGACGCUGCGAGACCUGCUCAAGGCACUCAAGGGGCUGGUGGUGAUGUCCUCACAGCUGGAGCUGAUGGCCACCAGCCUGUACAACAACAUUGUGCCUGAGCUCUGGAACGCGAAGGCCUACCCAUCGCUCAAGCCGCUGUCCUCAUGGGUCAUGGACCUGAUGCAGCGCCUGGACUUCCUGCAGGCCUGGAUCCAAGGGGGCAUCCCAGCUGUCUUCUGGAUCAGUGGCUUCUUCUUCCCCCAGGCCUUCCUGACAGGCACGCUGCAGAACUUUGCCCGCAAGUCUGUCAUCUCCAUUGACACCAUCUCGUUUGAUUUCAAGGUAAUGCAGCAGUCAGUGCCAGAGCUCAAGAAAAGGCCCAGUGAGGGGUGCUACAUCCAUGGACUAUUCCUGGAAGGUGCCCGCUGGGACCCUGCAGCCUUCCAGCUGGCUGAAUCUCGGCCCAAGGAGCUAUACACAGAGAUGGCUGUUAUCUGGCUUCUGCCGACACAGAACCGCAAGAUCCAGAACCAGGACUUCUACCUGUGCCCCAUCUACAAGACGCUGACCCGAGCGGGAACACUAUCGACCACAGGCCACUCCACCAACUACAUCAUUGCCGUGGAGCUCCCCUCCGAUCAGCCCCAGCGACACUGGAUAAAGCGCGGUGUGGCUCUCAUCUGUGCCCUGGACUACUAGACUCAAGACAGAAGAGCUGGGGCCAUUAAAGCCGUUUUCUAAGCAGUCCA